UGUCUCUCUCAGUCACACAGCAGAGGAGGGGGAGGUAUACACGCUGCACACCACACACACUCUCUCACACACACUCUCUCACACACAAGCUGGCUCACGCCGCCACAUUUUCUCAGGCUGCUCAUGCAGACUGACAGCAGAAGACGUAGGAGGAGAGAACAGAAAGAGAGUGAGAAGAGGAAACAAGGGAAAUAUCAACCGAGCCAGAAGAGGAGAGUCAAGCAGCACUUAUCCUUUUUCUUCCUCCACUCAGCAUUAAAUUAAAACACAGGGAAUAUAGAACUCUUUUGUUAAUCUGUAACUGAACAGGGGCUACUCUGCUCUGUUCUGCUGAGAGGGACCUGUUCUGCUGAGAGGAACCUGCUCUGCUGAGGAACCUGCUCUGCUGAGGAACCUGCUCUGCUGAGGAACCUGCUCUGCUGAGGAACCUGCUCUGCUGAGGAACCUGCUCUGCUGAGGAACCUGCUCAUUCUCCAGGAGUAUGGCACCACAUCUGAGACAUGGAUUCUCGGUCUCUCUUUCACAGCGCCGGUGUCUCCUCCUCCAUUCUCUCCUUCUCUCCAUCUAUUUCCUGACUGUUGCAGGGUUCAACCUGGAUACUAGCAUGACUCUGACCAAGGAGGGGGAGAAUGGCAGCUUUUUUGGAUUCUCUUUAGCGCUUCACCAGCAACUCACACCAGAACCACACAGUUGGAUCCUGGUGGGGGCGCCGCGGGCCAGAGGACUGGGCCUGAUGCAGAGGAAGCGCCCUGGCGCUCUGUACCGCUGUCCAAUCACAGGCGAGGAGUUUGACUGCGAGCGUGUGGACAUCGAUGGAGACGUAAACCUAGACUGGGAAAGCAAGGACAACCAGUGGCUCGGAGUAACAGUCAAGAGCCAGGGGAUUGGAGGAAAGGUGGUGACGUGUGCCCAUCUGUACGAGCUGCGUCAGCGCGUGGGCCUGCCGUCGGAGACACGGGACCCCAUCGGCCGCUGCUACGUACUCAGUGAGGACCUGACCGAGAGGGAUGACCUAGAUGGAGGGGAGUGGAAGUUCUGUGAGGGGCGACCGCAGGGACACGAACAGUUUGGCUUCUGUCAGCAGGGUCUGUCUGCCGCCUUCACACCCGACAACCAAUUUAUCAUGUUCGGAGCUCCUGGAACGUACAACUGGAAAGGAGAGAUGCGCGUCCAGCUACUAAACCAGACUUUACUGGAUCUGGGUUUCUAUGACGACGGGCCCUAUGAAGUGGCGGAUGAGAAACAGCUGAAUGCUCAGCUGAUCCCUGUUCCCUACCAUAGUUACCUGGGGCUCUUGUUCAUGGCUAGUCCCGAUGAAGAUGCGCUGGUGUACAAAACUCUGGAGCCACACUCCAACCGGCCCAUGUUUGAGGACGUAGCUCAGAAUAGCUACUUAGGCUUCUCAGUGGACUCUGCUCAAGGCAUAAUGAGUCGUGGUGAGCUGACCUUCGUGGCGGGGGCUCCGAGAGCCAACCACACGGGAGCGGUGGUGCUGUUGCGUAAAGACAACAUGUACCGCCUGGUGCCACAGCACAUCCUGUGGGGAGAGGAGCUGGCGUCUUCCUUCGGGUACUCUGUGGCCACGGCUGAUCUCAACAGUGACGGCUGGACAGACCUGAUAGUGGGAGCUCCUAACUACUUUGACCGAAAAGCAGAGAUCGGAGGUGCUGUGUACAUCUUUCUCAACCCAUUUGGUAACUGGGAAUAUGCUCAGCCAAUCAGGCUCAAUGGAACCUAUGACUCCAUGUUUGGAUUGACCGUCAACAACGUGGGAGACUUGGACAGGGACGGAUAUGACGACAUCGCUGUGGGGGCUCCGUUCGAUGGGGAUGGCAAAGUGUUCAUCUACCGAGGCUUGUCCUCAGGCAUCGACACCAAGCCUGCACAGAUCCUGGAUGGAGUGGACGAGGGGGUGAAGAGGUUCGGCUACUCCAUCUCAGGAGGUCUGGACAUCGAUGGGAACCUGUACCCUGACCUGGCAGUAGGCUCUCUCGGUGAUAAGCUAGUUCUGUACAGGUCUCGCCCGGUCAUUCACGUGACCCGGGAUGUAUCCAUCGAACCUAGGCAGUAUAUUGACUUGGAGCAACACAACUGCAAGGGGAGAGAUGGAGUUUGUGUGGAGGUCAAAGCCUGCUUCACCUAUACUGCUUACCCAGAGACCUACUCACCAGACAUCACCCUGGUCCUACUCAUCGAGGCUGACACAGAGCGCAGGAAGCUCGGCCUGCCACACCGUGUUAGCUUCCUGGGUCGCAGUGCACAGGCAACGGAGUACAUACACACUGACGAGGUGGAGCUGAAAGGUCAACGCCAUCCCGCCUGCCAGAGCGCCACCUUCCAACUAAACGAGAAUAUUCGUGAUAAGCUGCGUCCCAUCUCUCUGGCCAUCACCCACACCAUCAGACCCCCCAUGUUCUCAUCUGACACUAACCAAGAGGAACGAGACACGCUACCUCCUGUACUGAGUGUUUCCACCUCCAACACCCUACACUCUGAGGUGAAUUUCCUGAGGGAAGGCUGUGGCGAUGAUAAGAUGCCCAACCUGAAGGAGAGGAGAAAUGGUACGAAAGAGGCCAUACUGGAUCCAGAAUCUAGAAGGAAGGCCGUGAAGCAGAAGGUGGAGGCUAUGCUGAGGAUGGGAGUCAUCAAGGAGUCCCACAGCACAUGGGGCAGCCCCAUCGUGACGGUGCCCAAACCGGACGGUAGUCUGCUUUCCUGCAAUGACUUCAGGGGGCUAAACGACAUCAGUUUGUUUGGGGAUAGUCAUGUACCGAGGCUGGUGCAGAAGGAUGCCUGCGAUGUGGGACUAGGGGCUGUCCUGUCCCUGGUACAGAAGGAUUCCUGCGAUGUGGGACUAGGGGCUGUCCUGUCCCAGGUGCAGAAGGAUUCCUGCGAUGUGGGACUAGGGGCUGUCCUGUCCCAGGUGCAGAAGGAUGCCUGCGAUGUGGGACUAGGGGCUGUCCUGUCCCUGGUGCAGAAGGAUGCCUGCGAUGUGGGACUAGGGGCUGUCCUGUCCCAGGUGCAGAAGGAUGCCUGCGAUGUGGGACUAGGGGCUGUCCUGUCCCAGGUGCAGAAGGAUGCCUGCGAUGUGGGACUAGGGGCUGUCCUGUCCCAGGUGCAGAAGGAUGCCUGCGAUGUGGGACUAGGGGCUGUCCUGUCCCAGGUACAGAAGGAUGCCUGCGAUGUGGGACUAGGGGCUGUCCUGUCCCAGGUGCAGAAGGAUGCCUGCGAUGUGGGACUAGGGGCUGUCCUGUCCCAGGUGCAGAAGGAUGCCUGCGAUGUGGGACUAGGGGCUGUCCUGUCCCAGGUGCAGAAGGAUGCCUGCAAUGUGGGACUAGGGGCUGUCCUGUCCCAGGUGCAGAAGGAUGCCUGCGAUGUGGGACUAGGGGCUGUCCUGACCCAGGUGCAGAAGGAUUCCUGCAAUGUGGGACUAGGGGCUGUCCUGUCCCAGGUGCAGAAGGAUGCCUGCGAUGUGGGACUAGGGGCUGUCCUGUCCCAGGUGCAGAAGGAUGCCUGCGAUGUGGGACUAGGGGCUGUCCUGUCCCAGGUACAGAAGGAUGCCUGCGAUGUGGGACUAGGGGCUGUCCUGUCCCAGGUGCAGAAGGAUGCCUGCGAUGUGGGACUAGGGGCUGUCCUGUCCCAGGUGCAGAAGGAUGCCUGCGAUGUGGGACUAGGGGCUGUCCUGUCCCUGGUGCAGAAGGAUGCCUGCGAUGUGGGACUAGGGGCUGUCCUGUCCCAGGUGCAGAAGGAUGCCUGCGAUGUGGGACUAGGGGCUGUCCUGUCCCAGGUGCAGAAGGAUGCCUGCGAUGUGGGACUAGGGGCUGUCCUGUCCCAGGUGCAGAAGGAUGCCUGCGAUGUGGGACUAGGGGCUGUCCUGUCCCAGGUGCAGAAGGAUGCCUGCGAUGUGGGACUAGGGGCCUGUCCCAGGUGUGCCUGCGAUGUGGGACUAGGGGCUGUCCUGUCCCAGGUGCAGAAGGAUGCCUGCGAUGUGGGACUAGGGGCUGUCCUGUCCCAGGUGCAGAAGGAUGCCUGCGAUGUGGGACUAGGGGCUGUCCUGUCCCUGGUGCAGAAGGAUGCCUGCGAUGUGCAGAAGGAUGCCUGCGAUGUGGGACUAGGGGCUGUCCUGUCCCAGGUGCAGAAGGAUGCCUGCGAUGUGGGACUAGGGGCUGUCCUGUCCCUGGUGCAGAAGGAUGCCUGCGAUGUGGGACUAGGGGCUGUCCUGUCCCAGGUGCAGAAGGAUGCCUGCGAUGUGGGACUAGGGGCUGUCCUGUCCCUGGUGCAGAAGGAUGCCUGCGAUGUGGGACUAGGGGCUGUCCUGUCCCAGGUGCAGAAGGAUGCCUGCGAUGUGGGACUAGGGGCUGUCCUGUCCCUGUUCAGCAGCAAAGCAUGGGAACAGGAAUGCCCUAUCGAGAAGGGAGACAUUCAUCGCACUGACAACCGCCCCCCUCCCGACAGGGCUAAGGGGAAUGUGUGGCGUACCAUGGACAAGCCACCAGGGGGAGACUCGUCGAGGCCUGAUCAAACCCCCUGGGAUGAUGAAGAGGUGGCAGUGUUUUCUCUGUCUGAUCAGAGGUCUGUGGUGUUGGAGGUGACCGUCACCAACAUGCCCUCAGACCCUCUGUCCCCAGAGGAGGAUGGAGAUGAUGCCCAUGCUGCCCAGCUACUGGUGACCCUGCCAGACACCCUGUCCUACUCUGGCUUCAGGGGACAACAGGUGGUGUGCCAGGCCAAUCAGAACGGGUCUCAGGCGGAGUGCGAGCUGGGAAACCCCCUGAAGAGAGAUGCUAUACUGAAAUUCUACAUCAUCCUCAGCACGUCUGCUAUCACCAUAGAGACCACGGAACUCACUGUCAACCUCUUGUUGGCUACCAUCAGUGAACAGCGAGACCUGGCCACAGUCACGGCCGUGGCUAAAAUCAUCAUAGAGCUCCCCCUGGCUGUCAGUGUGCUGGCCAGACCACACCAGCUGUUCUUCAGUGGGGCCGUAAAGGGGGAGAGUGCCAUGGAGACCCUGGACGAUGUGGGGAGUGCUGUGGAGUUUGAGUUUACGGUGACCAACACCGGGCCGUCCCUGCAGACUCUAGGCUCCGCCUUCCUCAACAUCAUGUGGCCUCACGAGCUGUCCAAUGGGAAGUGGCUCCUGUACCCCACUGCUCUCCACUUCCAUGGCCAUCCAGAAACACCCUGUACCCCCCACACCUCCCUCAACCCACGCAAGUUCUCCCACAGUUCUCCUUCUGACGACCAGCCACAGGCAGCAGGCCUGAAGGCCAGGAGGAAGGGGCGUUCCAACCCAGAAGAGGAGGGCCAUGUGAUGACUAAGGGCAGUCUGGGUAGGACUACGCCUGCUGUGGCUGCCUCAGAGAGACGCAAGUCACUCAAACUGGACUGUCUGCUGGGUUCAGCGCGCUGUGUGCUGUUCCAGUGUCCUCUCCACAGCUUCUCUGAGUCGGCUGUCCUCAAGAUCCAGGGACGCCUUUGGAACAGCACCUUUCUGGAGGAGUUCCCAUCAGUCAGUGCUCUGGAGCUGCUGGUUAGAGCCAACAUCACAGUCAAGUCCAGCAUCAAACACCUGGUGCUGAGGGAUGCUGCUGCACAGGUCCCAGUGAUGAUUUACCCAGAGGUUGGUCUGACUGCCCAGUACUGGAUCCCCUGGUGGUGGAUUCUCAUAGCCAUCUUGGCUGGUAUCUUGGUGCUGUCUCUGCUGGUCUGCAUCCUCUGGAAGUGUGGUUUCUUCCGACGGGUCCAGUAUGAAGACAAAGUUCCUCAGUACCAUGCAGUGAAGAUCCCCCGUCAAAACCGGCCCCAGUUCCAGCAGGAGGCAGGGAUCCUCCAGAAGAAGGAGUGGGCCACACACUGGAGUGAUGGAAGCUCCUGAACAGCAUCAACAAACAAGGACUAGAAUAGCAGCAAACACCCAUUCAACCCUAUAGCACUCACUAACUCUGCAGUGGAACAAACGUCUGCAGACUGACCGUGUCACAACGCUGUUGUGCACAUUGAGGCUAUGUCCCGAUUCAUCACCCUUCUUCUGAAGUGUGCACACUUCCCAUCAUGGAUUUAUCAAUGGUGAAAACUCACUCAAGCCGAUGCUAUUCUACUGUAUUGUACUGUAGUCUACUGUAUUCUACUGUAUUGUACAGUAGUCUACUGUAUUCUACUGUAUUGUACUGUAGUCUACUGUAUUCUACUGUAUUGUACUUUUAGAAUGACUGGAUCAAUAUUCUGAACUGCUACUGACUGACUAUCUGACUGACUAUCU